GAUGCUGCAAAAACGUGAGAAGGUACUGCUCCUGAGGACUUUCCAUGGCCGGACGCUGCGCAUCGUGCGGGAGCAUUACCUGCGGCCCAACGUGCCCUGCAACAGCCUGCUGUGCCCGCAGCCCGACGCCUGCAGCAACGAUGGGAAACUAUUGUCUGGCGAUGUAACUCAUUACGUGAUCCCUGAUUGGAAAGUUGUCCAAGAUUACCUUGAGAUCCUUGAGUUUCCUGAGUUGAAGGGAAUUAUUUUCAUGCAAACAGCUUGUCAGGCUGUGCAGCAUCAAAGGGGCCGGAGACAGUAUAACAAAUUGCGAAACCUUCUGAAGGAUGCGCGCCAUGAUUGCAUUCUCUUCGCUAACGAAUUUCAGCAGUCCUGUUAUCUUCCGCGGGAAAGAGGGGAAUCCAUGGACAAGUGGCAGACCAGGAGCAUAUACAAUGCAGCCGUUUGGUACUACCACCACUGCCAGGAUAGGAUGCCCAUUGUUAUGGUGACAGAAGAUGAAGAGGCAAUUCACCUGUAUGGAAGUGAGACAGAAGGAGUGUUUGUGAUUUCGUUCAAGAAUUACCUGGACAAUUUUUGGCCUGACUUAAAGGCUGCCCAUGAGCUCUACGAUUCGAUUCUUCAGUCUCGACGGGAGAGAGAAAACGAAAGUCAGGAGAGUCACGGGAAGGAGUAUCCAGAGCAUCAUCCCCUGGAAGUGUUAGAGGCUGGGAUCAAAUCCGGACGCUAUGUCCAGGGAAUUCUGAAUGUCAACAAACACAGAGCACAGAUGGAAGCGUUUGUUCGGCUUCAAGGAGCCAGCACUAAAGAUUCAGAUUUAGCCAGUGACAUCCUAAUCCACGGGAUGAAGGCGCGAAACCGCUCCAUUCAUGGCGACGUGGUAGCUGUGGAGCUGCUCCCUAAGAAUGAAUGGAAAGGCAGGACGGCCGCCCUGUGCGAGAAUGACAGCGAGGACAAGGCCUCGGGCGAGUCCCCGAGUGAGCCCAUGCCCACAGGCAGAGUGGUGGGCAUCCUUCAGAAGAACUGGCGGGAUUAUGUGGUGACUUUUCCAUCCAAAGAAGAGGUCCAAUCUCAGGGCAAAAAUGCUCAGAAAAUCCUAGUCACACCUUGGGAUUACAGAAUUCCCAAAAUCCGGAUCAGCACUCAGCAAGCAGAGGCCCUCCAGGACUUCAGGGUGAUUGUGCGCAUUGAUUCCUGGGAGUCAACAUCUUUGUAUCCAAAUGGACAUUUUGUGCGAGUCUUGGGAAAAAUCGGAGACCUGGAAGGGGAAAUUGCAACCAUCCUUGUGGAGAACAGUAUUUCUGUUAUCCCUUUCUCAGAAGCUCAGAUGUGUGAGAUGCCGGUGAACACACCCGAAAAUCCCUGGAAGGUGAGUCCUGAGGAGGAAAGUGAACGUAAAGACUUGAGGAAAACCCACCUCGUGUUCAGCAUUGACCCCAAAGGCUGUGAAGACGUGGAUGACACAGUCUCAGUCAGAACCUUAAAGAAUGGCAACCUGGAACUUGGGGUCCACAUUGCAGAUGUGACACACUUUGUGGCACCAAAUUCUUACAUUGACAUUGAAGCUAGAACAAGGGCCACCACCUAUUACUUAGCAGAUCGACGCUAUGACAUGCUGCCUGCCGUCCUCAGUGCUGAUUUGUGUUCCCUGUUGGGAGGCGUUGAUAGGUAUGCUGUAAGCGUCAUGUGGGAAUUGGAUAAAGCUACCUAUGAAAUUAAGAAAGUGUGGUAUGGCAGAACCAUUAUUCGAUCAGCAUACAAAUUAUUCUAUGAAGCAGCCCAGGAGUUACUGGAUGGAAACGUCAGUGUUACUGAUGAUAUUCCAGAAUUCAAAGACUUGGAUAAGAAGACCAGACAAGCCAAGCUGGAGGAGCUGGUGUGGGCAAUUGGCAAACUAACUGACAUAGCUCGCCAUGUCCGAGCGAAACGAGACCUCUGUGGGGCGCUGGAACUUGAGGGGGUGGAGGUUCGUGUACAGCUAGAUGAAAAAAAGAACAUUCACGACCUCAUCCCCAAGCAGCCCCUGGAAGUCCACGAGACAGUGGCAGAAUGCAUGAUCCUGGCCAACCACUGGGUGGCUAAGAAGAUCUGGGAGAGCUUUCCGCACCAGGCGCUGUUGCGCCAACACCCGCCUCCACACCAAGAGUUUUUUUCUGAACUCCGGGAAUGCGCCAAAGCGAAAGGCUUCUCCAUAGACACACGAUCCAAUAAAACACUGGCUGAUUCACUGGACAGCGCCCACGACCCCAGUGAUCCCAUCGUGAACAGGCUGCUGCGCUCUAUGGCUACGCAGGCCAUGUCGAAUGCCUUGUACUUCUCCACUGGCUCGUGUGCGGAGGAAGAGUUCCACCAUUAUGGUCUUGCAUUAGAUAAGUAUACUCAUUUUACUUCUCCAAUAAGAAGAUAUUCUGAUAUCAUAGUACACCGAUUGUUAAUGGCGGCCAUUUCAAAAGAUAAAGUGGAAAUGAAAGGAAAUCUGUUCAGCAACAAAGAUCUUGAGGAAUUGUGCAGACAUAUCAACAGCAGAAACCGAGCAGCACAGCAUUCUCAGAAGCAGUCUACUGAGCUUUUCCAGUGCAUGUAUUUUAAAGACAGAGACCCUGAAACUGAGGAGCGUUGCAUAUCUGACGGUGUCAUUUACUCAAUUAGAACAAAUGGUGUGCUUGUAUUUAUACCAAGGUAUGGGAUUAAAGGUGCUGCUUACCUAAAAAAUAAAGACGGUUUAGUUAUCGCAUGUGGCCAAGACAGCCGUUCUGAAUGGAAACCAGGAUCCCUUCAGCGAUUUCAAAACAAAAUUACAUCCACCACAACUGGAGGGGACUCUGUUACAUUCCAUUUGUUUGACCAUGUGACAGUAAAAAUAUCUGUACAGGCUUCACGCUACCAUUCUGAUCGGAUCAGGCUUGAAUUAAUAAGCAACAAGCCAUACAUGGUACCAAACACAGAACUUUCUGACCAGAGCUCCCUCUUGCUGAAGAGUGAAUUAGUGAAAGAAGUAACCAGAUCUGUGGAAGAAGCUCAGCUUGCCCAAGAAAUCAAAGUUAACACCAUUCAGGAAGAAUAUCAAGAAUACUGCCAAACAAAGGGGGAAAGCCUGUACAUGCUUCUAGAAGAGAUAAAGGACCUGGCUCUCCUGGAUGUUUCAGACAACGGUGGAAUGUGACAGAAUUUUCUUAAAGGUGCUUUUAUAUUCAGUGACUAUUUUACCUUUGACAACGACACCUAAUGGGUGUCAUCCAAUGUCCCAGCC